GAUAUCUAAAGCCAACUCCAAACUUGAUAGUAGGUGUGACCAAACACCCCAUUUCAACACAAAAAAGAUAAAAAAAAAAAAAGUGCAGAUUUUUUUUUGUUUUUGUUUACAUCGUUGUCUUCAUGCUUUCCUCUCUAACUUCUCACUCAUUUUCCUUUACUUCCUUGGUGGCCAAACACCACACCCUUGCUCCACCCUUACACCACCACCUUAACCCACCAUCUCCACCACCGCUGGCCAGCUUAUCUCGCCGGAAAAAAGGGUCCGGUCAGCCACUCCUUAAAUCUAUCCGAAAAUAGCACAAUAGAAAUACCAACUCCAGGAUCCUUACGCCCAAAACGGGGUCCAAGCUUUUUCCUUAUUAUAGUUGCUUAGACUGAGAAUCAAAUAAUAAUUCUAGCAUUAGUCUAUUGCAAUUGCUAUUUAUAUUGCUAAUUUGUGCAACACCCAGGAAGGAGAUUGAGUUUGUGCAUAUCAAAUCAACCAUUGAGGAACUAUUUUUUUUUUUUUUUUGUGUGUAAAAGACAGAAACAUGGAGGAAAUUCAGUUCGUGUCCACCAGUACAGUCCAACCAACAAGUGAAUCAACCGAUAAGAGGAUUGAGUUAACUCCAUGGGAUCUCCAGCUUCUCUUACUUGGCCCUAUCCAAAAGGGUCUUCUCUUUCUCAAACCCACACCACAACUACUAGCAAACACCAUAGUUGAUCAUCUCAAGAUCUCAUUCUCUCGCACACUUGACUUCUUCCCUAUCCUAGCUGGCCGCCUUUGCGUCGUCAAAAAUGACGACGACACCUCCUCCUUCUUCAUAGACUGCAAUAACGCCGGAGCUCAUUUCGUUCACGCUGUCGCUGAGAAUGCCAAUGUCAGCGAUAUCCUUGGUCCUGUGUACGUGUCUUGAAUUGUCUACUCUUUUUUCCCACUCAAUAAUGUCCUUAACUAUGAAGGUAUUUCCAAACCAUUCCUUGCCGUUCAAGUAACCGAGCUCAUCGACGGCCUAUUCAUCGGCUGCACCAUGAAUCACGCAGUCGUUGACGGUUCGUGUUUCUGGCAAUUCUUUAAUUCUUGGUCAGAAAUAUCGCGGGGUUCUGACAAAAUAUCGCGAGUACCGAUGGUCAAGCGUUGGUUUCCGGAUGAAGUCGACGUCCCCAUUCGAAUCCCUUUUUGCGCCGAUGAAAUAAACAAUAAUUUCGUUUUACCAAAAUUAGAAGAAAUGGUUUUUCAUUUCACGAAAGAGAAAAUCGCAGCUCUCAAAGCAAAAGCGAACGCGGAGAUGAGCACCACAACUAUCUCGUCUCUCCAGGCAUUAUUGGCUCAUUUAUGGCGAUCUGUGAUACGCUGCCAAAACAUCAACGACUCUAAUCAAGUGGUGAAAUACGUGUUACUGGUCAGCGCGAGGCCGAGGCUACGACCCCCGUUGCCGGAAGGGUAUUUUGGGAAUACAAUUCAUGCCGAGAUGUUAUGUUCCACUGCGGGAGAGUUGGUGGAGAAGGGACUUGGUUGGGUGGCUUGGCAAAUGAAUAAAGCGAUUGCUUCGCAAACUAACGAAGCGGUUAGGGAUUUCUACCAAAACUGGGUGAAGAAUCCGAAGAUAUUGAAAUGGGGUGUCCUGACAAACGAUGGUUUGGCAACUAGUAGUUCGCCUCGGUUUAAUGUGUAUGGAAAUGACUUUGGUUGGGGAAAGCCGGUGGCGGUGAGAAGUGGCGGUGGAAACAAGAGCGAUGGGAAGAUAACCCUUUUUCCGGGGGCGGAGGAAGGGAGUAUUGACAUUGAAGUUUGCUUGUUGCCUGAGAAGUUGGUUGCUUUGAGGGAUGAUGAAGAGUUCAUGGAAGCUGUCACUAUGUGAUCAAUCUACAGUUUUUUUUUUUUUUUUUUGUUUUUGGGUCUAGCUGGUCAAUAAAAUUCUCAAUAAAUUACGGUAUCAUUAAAAAUAAUUAGAAUUUUAUCGUCUUAGUGUAAUAUAUAAAAUAAAAUUCGUGUGUUAUGAAUUUCUCUUUUAAUUUUAUAUAAAUUUCUAAAGUAUUAUUUAAUACAA